AAUCAAUAUAUUAUUUAUUAUUCUACUUCCACUUUAAUUGGAUAUAUGUUUAUCUCAGAUAAAUUUCUGGGGGGAAUAUCGUUUAAUUUUUCAUAAACCAUUUAUCGUUUAGAAACAGAAAAGAAUAAACACCGACAAUUUUUUUUUAGCAUUUUUUUUAUCUGUAGCUAAUUGACGAGAUGUAAUUUGAGCGCAAAAUUUGUUAACAAUAGUUAGAAGCAAACUUGGAAAUUUAAGAGUGAUAAAAUAUACAUUCGGUAUCUGAAUUGGAGUUAAUUUUCAUAUCGCCGGUCUAGCUUCUCCUCGGAGAAUUCCUGGCACUCUCGUGGAUCAGUAAUCGUCAGUAAUCGUAUCAUUCGUAUCUCAAAUGUAACGUUUAGGUUAAGUUAUCCCGGUGCUUCUCAACGAGAAUAAAGGCGACGAUUUGUGGGAGGGCGAGACGGACGGUGAUACUUACAACUAGAGGAAGAAAGUUAUAUUUUUGCAUCGAAUUGUUUUACUGGCGCUGAAAAAUGGAUUUAUUUACUAUCUAUAAUGCGAAAAGAAAAAAAUCAUGGAUGAAGCCUGGCCAGCCAUCAACAUCAACGCCAAAACGCGAGAUAUUUGUGGAAGUAAAUUAUAGUUAUAUGUUGUGCAUUUGGUGGGAUCAUAAAGUAAUAUCGAUAAGUUUUAAGAACAAGAUUCCCUUUCUACAUGGAGCCACGCUGAAUCAUGAAUACUUAUUGUUAUAUAGCUUAACAACAAUUAGCUGCUUUGAACGCGCCCAUUGCGUUUGCCGCCAUUAUAACGCGCAUAUGCGAGAAAGAGAAUUAAUCCCCUCAAUCAACCAUAGAUUGACGACGAUUCAGCCUUCAUUGAAACGCUUAUGCGACGUGUACGUUGCCGUGGAAACGAUACUACGCCGGAACGCGAGCCACAGGACCGUUUGCAGCAUUUAUGGCGCCCAUCACAAGAAGUUGUAGAACCCAAAUUUCCAGCCGACACAAAAAUAAUUUUUACAUGUAUUUACCCAACAACAUAAACGCGACAUAAAUUUAGCUUCCCAGCAAUGAAACUCCAACUAAAUUAAAAAAA